AUGUCGAUUUCGGAGCAAGACACGAGACACGACGUAUCCGUCUUCUGUGGUAUCCAAUUCCUGGCAGACGGUAGAAUCUAUCGCCAUCCUCUACCGGAGACAUCCUUCGGUUUCAAUAAUCACGUGACGUUCGCAGCAAGUCCGCAUCAUGAUUCCGCUUCGUCGAUUCCUUCCGUUCCGAGCACCGAUGGAUACGGUUCUGUUCUCUCCACUGAGGGUAGUGAGGUCAGGAUUUCGGAGAUCGCGUGGGAAGAUCUACCUGAAGAAGAAAAAGAGAACGUUGUGAGGCUCCGCAUGACUGGAAAUGUAACCAACUUGAGGGAGCGUCUCUACGACGUGACUUGCGCAGCCCUUGGGAGAGUCAAGGGUCAGGGGGUGAAAAAACCUGCCCGGAAGGAUGCUUGUACAGAAAUGAUUGUCGUCCGUGAAUUCUCUGAUGCCAGCGAGGUCCACGUUCUUGAGUUCGUGCUGCUAAAUGGUUCUCACGCCGUCAAUAGCGGGAGUAUUGUAGAUCGCGAGGACAUACGGCUCAACCUCGCACGAACCCUCCGACUGAGCUGGUUUGACCUUUCGAGUGCCGAAUUCCCUUCGGCGUUCAACGCCAAGGUGUAUUCAUUCAUCGGAAUCAUCUUGGCAAUAGUUGCCACCGCCUCCCUGGUUUUGCACGCGGACUUGUGUAGGAAACGGAUGCGAAAUCGGCCGGGCCGGGGUACCGCGUCACCGGAAGAUCCACAUCAGCUCGGGAGCGGAUUCGUCGAUUUGCCGAUACACGCAACACCUAGCAGAUUUGAACUUAUGAUUGACGAGUAAGCGCGGGGAACCAGAUGAUCUCUAGGACAACGACAAUACUGGAGGGCCUUCAAUAAAUUCUACGCUAUUAAGCAGCGAA